AUGAAUUUUAGAAAUCGAGUUUUUAGAAUUAAGAUUUCAUCAAUUAUUACUCCAUAAUUAGUUGAGAAAGUUGCUGACUCCUUGGACAAAUGGACAAUUUAUAAACCAGAAUUUAUUGCUUUGAUCAUCAAUUCUCUAGGAGGAUCUCUUAUCUAAACCUAGAAUCUCGCUAAUAUAAUAAAAAAGUAUAGUCAAACUAAUAAGUAAUCUCUCUUUUAGAUUAGUGUUCCGAUUUACUGUUUUGGAGAGGAUAUUGUAAUUAAGAGUGCUUUAGGAUUAUUAACCAUUGGUGAUAAGGCUUACGUGAAUCCCUAUGCUAUUGUUGGAAAUAUGGGAUAUGUGCAGCCUUUUUUCGAUUUAAGAAAUUUCGCCUCAAAUUGGUUUAUCAAAUAGAAACACGUUGCUACAAAUGAUAACAUGAAACUUCUAAAUCCUUUAUGUGAGUUUGCUGAAAAGGAUAAAGAAUGGGUAGAAUAAUAAAUGAAGAAUUAAGAGGAGGAAUUAAUUCAUAUGAUUGAAACUAAUAGGAAAUUAGAUACUUCUAAGUAUGAGGAUAGAUAAAAGGACAUCUAUCGAAAUGGAAUAAUUGCCCCAAAUUUAUUAUUAAAACAUGGCAUAAUUGAUGGUUAUACAAGUCUUGAUAAUGUGCUCUAAGGAAAGAAAGUCCUUAAUUUAGUUUGA